GGGCCAGCUGGCAGCUGUUGCUCCCUGCAGUCAGAGCCCAAACGGAGAGCUCUGAGGCACAACUCCCAGACGAGACAUGUCGGAACGUCGAGUCCCCUUCACCUUCCUCCGCAGCCCUAGCUGGGAUCCCUUCCGGGACUGGCAUCGGGGCAGCCGCCUCUUCGACCAGUCCUUUGGGAUGCCUCUCAUCCCUGAAGACUGGUACAAAUGGCCUGUCGGGACCACCAGCUGGCCAGGCUACAUCCGCCCUCUGGCCAGCGUGAGCCCCGAACAGGGAGCUAGUGGACCCAUCGUCACCUCGCCCAGCACCAACCCGGCCUUCAACCAGGCCUUGAGUCGCCAACUGAGCAGCGGCAUCUCUGAGAUUCGGCAAACUCAAGACAGCUGGAAAGUGGCCUUGGAUGUCAACCACUUUGCGCCGGAGGAACUACUGGUGAAGACCAAGGAUGGAGUGGUGGAGAUAACUGGUAAGCAUGAAGAAAGACAAGACGAACAUGGGUUCAUUUCCAGAUGUUUCACCCGAAAGUACACACUUCCACCCGGUAUCGAUCCUGCCGCGGUCCGUUCAUCACUUUCCCCCGAUGGCACGCUGACUGUGGAAGCCCCGUUGCCCAAACCAGCCAUCCAAUCUGCUGAGAUCAAGAUUCCUGUCACCUUUGAGGCCCAUGCCCAAAUCCCUCCAUCAGAAGCCAAGAAAUAGCCAGCCUUUAGACUUUCACAACUUGUCUCUAGGGUGGGGGGGGGGGGAGGCAUUUCAGAUCCUCAUCGACUCCUUUUUAUAAAAUAGUUUGUGCAUUCGCUCCACAUCACAAAUUACUUUGUAACAUUUCUCUGUAGUUAAUUAAAAUAAAACAUAUUUUGCACCCCUUUCCUUUGGCUUUUGGGGUCAAGCCAGCAA